AGGGACAAGGCGGAAGGAUCGAUCAGUUUAAGGAUGGUGGACUUUUGGUGGCGACUGUGGCACCUGCCACUAUUGCUGUAUCUCACAGGACUCCUGCAGUUUGAUCUGUGCAGUGGUCAGAUUCAGGUCCAGAUCCAGGAAGGUCCUCUGUAUAGAGUGAAAGGAUAUCCCAUCUCCAUAUCCUGUAAUGUUACAGGGUUUACAGGCCCAUCUAACCGGGAUUUUCAGUUCAUUCUCAAGAAACCAAAUGUGGAAUUAAAUAUGAUCAGUACCAGUGACCCAGACUUUGCCUACGGAAUGUUCUUCGGUAGAAUAAGAAAUAAAGAGAUUUAUAUUCAAAGGCUGUCAGGAUCUUCAGUUCUCUUGACAAUCAAAAAUCUGCUGGAGAACGAUGCAGGUGAUUUGCUCUGUGAGACCCUACACACAGGUGGUGCAUAUUACGGAGAUUAUGCUGCAGAAACAAAGCUUAAUGUGAUUGCAGACACCCUGGAGGCAUCAUACUCUGGCUCUCCCUCUCAGAGCUUGUCUGAAGGUGAUCCUCUUCAGCUUGAGUGCCAGGUCUCCAGCCAGACUUUUCAACAUACUCAUCUGUCGGUCACCUGGUUUCUCCAUGGUGAAGAGGAUGAAAUCCCCCGGCCAAUCAUUACUCUGGACAAAGAUCUGACUGUAAAGCCAGGAGCUGGAUUUGAGGAUGGCUAUCGUGCUGGUCUUAUCAGCAUGGAUAAGGUGGAGGACACAACCUACAGACUGAAGAUGCCUCAAGUGCAGCAGUCAGACCAGGGGAAGUUUUACUGCAAAGCCAUUGAGUGGAUACAAGACCCAGACCGUUCCUGGACACAGAUUGCCCACAAAACCACCACAGCAUGCAAUGUGGAGAUCAAACGAAUCGUGGCCCCUGAUGCAGGUUCGUUCAGUGUUUAUCUGAAGGCUUCAAAGGGGCCACUACAGGAGGAAGACGCACUGGACAUCCGCUGCAGUGUAAAUGCACAGAACCUUCCUGGUCAUUUCUUCUCGGUGACUUGGCUGAAGGACCAGCAGAAAGUGGCCCAGAUUGGAUUUUCUGGGGUGCUCACUAUGUUUGACAGUUACAAAGAGCGAGAGAAUGCAGCAGAGAUGAGAGCAGUGAAAACCAGUCACACGGACUACCUGCUGACCAUCCGUUCGGCUCGGGCUGAGGACCAGGGCCAAUACCAGUGUGAAGUAUGGCAGGAAAACAUGAAUGAAGAUGGCACCUACAAAAAAAUACAAAAAGAAAUGUCCAGUCCAGAGACUGUGAGCAUCACGGCUAAAGAGAGUGAUCUUGCGGUGGUCAUGGAGAUGAAUGACGCAGUGACUGAGGGAGAUGCACUACGAGUCUCCUGCUCAGUGUCGGGAUUCAAAGGUCCUUUAUCAGUGUCAUGGCAACACAAGAAAGACUCGGGGGCUUCCUUCAGUGAUGUCAUUAGUCUGACCCAUGAGGGAGUGAUGAGAGAUGUUGGGGCAAGGUAUCAGAGCAGAAAUGUUCAAACAUUUCAUUCUCCAGCUGGAAACUUUAUUCUAGAGCUUGGUGCAUCUGCAACAUCUGACAGCGGCGAGUAUAAGUGCAUUGUGUCUGAAUGGACAGUACAGAGCAAUGGCGAGAUGAAGAAAGCCAACACCAAAUCUCAGCAAAAAGCCAUAAUAGUUAAUUCUGUUGAAUCUCUAAUGAAGGUGAGCUUGAAAAGUCGUACAACAAAUGUGCCAAUAGAUUCUCCAGUAGAACUGCUAUGCACCGUCAGAGGGCCUAAAGUGUCUUUGGCUGUACGCUGGAUGUUUCAGCCCCGCAAUUCAACUGUUCAAACAAAUAUUUUAUCCAUAAGCCAUACUGGAGAAAUCACCUGGAAAGCAGAUCAGAGAAACUAUCAGCUGUCCAUUCAACAGCCGUCAGACACUCAUUUCACUCUCAUGGUGCCGAGAGCCAGCAAGCAACAAGAAGGACAGUAUCAGUGUCAAGUUGAUGCCUAUCAAAAGGAUGUACAGAAAGCCUUGAAGAACUCCAACCCGUUAGCUGUGAUUGUACAGAAACCUGUCAGCAAGAUGAGCCUGUACUACUCACCCACUUCUCGUCUGGAAACCACUGUCAACACUGAUGCUAAGCUUGAAUGCUCAGUCACGAGGACAACCACAGAUACCUCUCGUUUCACGAUAACAUGGAUGGUUGGGUCCCAGAUGCUGUUAACUAUGGACCUAGAUGCUGUUGUCAAGUUUGGCCUUGCAGCCGGCCUAGAGAUGGACCAGAGGAUCCGUAUGGAAAUAAGACAGAAACAGGACUUCCAGCUGAUUAUUCAACAGGUCAGAACAUCUGACAGUGGGCAAUAUCAUUGUGAGGUGGAAGAGUGGCUUCAGGAUCCUCUUGGUGACUGGUAUUCCCUACAAAAAAUGUCUGUUUCCACAGAGCUGGUUGUCAAAGAGAAAGAAAUUAAACUGCAUGUUCAGAAGGAGAACCGAACAUUCAACAUUACCAAUCAUCAGACUGCAUUCACCAUCGACUGUGUCAUUGACUCACAAUCCAGUGAUAAGUCUGUCUUUGAGGUCACCUGGUUCAAGGUUCAGGAGGAAGAAGGACCAGUCUCCAUGUUCACUGCCAGGCGUGACGGUACUUUACACAGUGCAAUUAGCGAUAAAAAUCUUCUGUUUGGACGACCACUUGCCACACACUAUAAACUGACUGUGCCACAGAUCAACCCCACUGAUAUGGGGCAAUACUACUGUCAGGUUGAGGAGUGGCUUCUAACUGCUAACACCUGGAAGAAAUUUGCUUCAGAUAAAUCUGGAGAGCUCUCCAUCUAUGUUCACACUGAAGGUGAUUCUGAAAAACAGAUAGACCCAUUGGGAAUAACAUUGGCAAUCGCUAUUCCUCUGAUUUGCUUUCUUGUAUUGCUCAUACUAUUGUUGUUGAGAAAGGGCCACAAGAAGAAACCUGAACUGAAGAAGAAGAAAGACUGUCUGUGGGCUGAAAAAAAUGGACUUACUCUCGUGCCUUCUUGCGAUUAGAUUGUUGUUUUAAAAUGCUCAUGAUCAGAUUGCAGUUACUUUUUUAUCAAUUAUAUGAUUACAUACAUUCACACAGUAAUCAUUUCACUUUUAAGAAACUUGGAAAAAUAUUACUGUACAAUAGCCCUAUACGUUUCCUAAUUUUCUAUUGACUGCAAAGUUACAUGCAAAAUCUAAAAAAAGCAUUUUGGUUGCUUGUUUUAUCAACAUUUCAUAUCUAAUCAACUCCUGACAAACAUUUUAAUUAUUAUUUGACAUCACUCUGUGAGUCAUUUGAUGUUUUACUAUAGGGGUUGGCAACCAGUGCCACGAGUGCCAACAUCUUACACUGGCGCAUGAGCAAGACAGAUGAAUGUAUUUCAUUUAAAGUCCCUCACAGCUGCAUGACAAUCUAUACUUUCAGUUUAUCUUUUUUUUUCAUAGCCAAACAGCCUGUUUUACUAUGUUAGAAGCUAUAAAUACUAUUAAUGUAUGAGAAUUAACUUGUGCCUGUAAACAGCAGCUCUGAUAAACCAUGUGUGCAACCACUGCAUAUCACAAACCACUGAAACUGCAGUGCAGGUUAAAGUAGCAGCUAGCGCAGUGCUUUCAGACAAGUACAUUUUUCUUCAGUUGUGCUGCACAACUGAGUGGAUGGCAGCUUACAGUUUUGUUGUAUUUGAUACUCUUAGCUUUGAGAGCAAAAUAAGUUAUGCUAUCAGUGUUGAAGUUUUUCAGCUCAGUUUCUUUACAAUUCCACAUAAUGACAAUGACAGUGACGGGUGAACUACAACAUCAAGAGAGAAAAUUCGAAAUCUGUUAUUCAAAGUCUAGCUUAAGCCUGAAAAUAAACUACUUUUAGGAUUGAAAUGUUUAAAACACAUUUAAAUUGUCUGACAAUUGCGUCAGAAAUAUUUUAAAUUGUGCUUUAUUAAUUUGUCAGUCAGCAAAUCAAUUAAUCAAGUCUGUGACUGAUAAUGUUAUGCUGGGAUAACAUGAAUUAUUAGGUUUCAACGUUGACAAAAAAACUUGCCAACCCCUGUAUAGACCUAAGUCAGGGUAGAUAGACGCCAUAUUGAAUUUUAUGGAUGAGGCUGGGAGGAAUAGACUUACAGUCUUUACAAAGUUAAAGAACACAUGUGAUUUUCACUAUACACAUUUUAUACAAUAUUUUUUUUUGGGACUCUUUCUUAUAUUGCGCUACCCUGACAAGGUCUAUUACAGUAGGUUAUGUCUUUAAAAGGCUUUUAAAAAAUACAAAAAUUCACAUAAUUUUGCAUUUACCAUGUAAUCCACUUAUACACUCACCAAACCAACAAAAAUAGUAAUGCUAGGUUUAGGUUUGUGAAUUGGUUUUGUACUUUGCUUCAAACCUGUACAUAAAUGUGCUUUUAUGUUUGUGAUACAUUUUGAGCCUUUGCUUUAGAAAUAUAACUUGUCUGAUCUGCUACCACACAUGAAUGAUGUUUGUAAAGCUGUAGCUGAAUGUUCAUAAUUCUAGAAAUUCUCCCAUAAUGCAAACAGAUUUGAAUCUGUGACUGCUAUAGGGCCUAGACUUUUAUUGGCAUCAGAUUUGUACGCCAUGUAAAUACAUUUGCAUAUUUGUACACAAUGUAAAUGAAUUUUCCUUCCAACUUUGAUGUUGGCUCUGUUGUCUUCGUGUUUAUGAGUGUUUGUUCAUGUUAUGUAAUGUUUAAAGUCACAAUGUAAUGGAAGUGACAAUAGGUGUCAGUGGGGACCAUCAACUGUUUGGUUACACAUAUUCUCCAAAAUAUCUUCUUUUGUGUUCAACAGAGG